AUACCCAGUUUGUAUAACAAUAAAUUUCGAUUUUUCAAAUUCCGUCUGCUCGAGCCGGAUCUUGUCCUUAUCCGCAAUAUGUCACGGAGUUGUUUUUCACGCAAUCAUACUGAAUUUAAUCCGCAAGGAGAUUGAGAGAAUAUAGUCUGAGCAAAAUUCAAUUAUUUCCUCCUAAAAUGCCAGCACAUCUUAGCCAAUAAGUCGAAUUUAGAUGAAAGUUGGAUGGUGACAGGUGUGCGUCGGUUUACCAAGGAUACCAGUGACGCUUUGACGAGCUAGCGCUGGCGUGAUGAUGGCUAGCCCAACGGAUUCGAAGCGAAGCAUGAAUACUUCGGUCCCACUUGUCAAGUUUGGUGUUGUGUUUUUCACUUUCCUCGCAGGAACGCUUAUUUUCCUCCCGAUUACAGCAGGUCAGUCCUGUGGUGGAUCUGGUAUUCUCAGUGAAGUGGAGUGUGCUGAUGGUAGCUGUGUUUUUAGUUUCUAUAUCUGCGAUGGUAUAUCUGACUGUCCUGAUGGCUCUGAUGAGAGUGCUGCUACUUGCAAUGAUGAUGUUUCUGCUUGUGAUAGUAACCCAUGCAUGAAUGGAGGCACAUGUACAUCAGUGGAUAGAACAAGCGGUAAGGUUGCCUAUUAUAAUUGUGAUUGCCCAUCUAACACACGUGGUGACCAAUGUGAGAUUGUUGUCACCACCCAGCCAGCAACAGAGUCUACCACACAAACCACAACGUUGCAGACAGAGGAAGUUGCAUCUACAACAUUGCUUCCACAAACAACAGGUGCCGCUUCAACAGAAGCAGUAACAACACGCCAAUCUACAACUAUUGAGUUGAUCGAAACCACACGGGCAACAACUCAAAGUUCUACCACGCCAUCGCAAUCUACAACCUCUCCCACGUCCACUACGCAGAAUACACCAACAACAAUCUUGCCACUGGUCACAACACAGGCUUCUACUCCUACCACACAGCAAACAUCUGCUCAAUCCACGGCUCAGACAACAUUGGUGGAGUCAUCUACUGCAACGUUGUCUACAACGUCAGGGAGCACAACGUGUGAGGUGCUUGAUUGUCAGAAUGGAGCAACAUGUAUACAGAUUGGUGUUAUGGCAGUGUGUAGCUGUUCAGAUGGAUUUGAAGGUCGAAGAUGUGAGACUAAUAUUAAUGAGUGUUCCAGUGAUCCAUGUGAAAAUGGGUCUGAAUGUCAAGACAACAUUGAUUCGUUCGCAUGUGUCUGUUCUCCUGGUUUCUUUGGUACAUUAUGUUCCUUUGAGAUCAAUGAAUGCAAUCCUGACCCGUGUGUGAACGGAGCAACCUGUAUAGAUGGUAUAGCAACGUAUCAAUGUAACUGUGUUAGUGGUUACACUGGUGAGAAUUGUGAGACUGAAAUCGACGAGUGUGACAGCAUACCCUGCAAGAAUGGAGGUGAAUGCAGAGAUGAAUUGAAUGGAUAUAGCUGUGACUGCGUUGAUGGCUUCAGUGGUAUUACCUGUGAGGAAGAUGGCAAUCAGUGUAGCAGUAACCCUUGUCAGAAUGGUGCAACCUGUGUGGAUCUUAUCAGGGCGUAUCAGUGUGUUUGUGUAACUGGCACCAGAGGAUCCAAUUGUGAAAUUGACGAGUUUGACGAGUGCAUCAGUAAUCCAUGCCAGAACCAAGGAACCUGCAUCAAUGGGAUCAAUGAAUACAGGUGUAACUGCAGUGAAGGCUGGUUUGGAAUGAACUGUGAAUUGGAUGGCGAUCAAUGUGAUUCUGACCCUUGUCUCAAUGAAGCAACCUGCGUGGAUGACAUCAUGUCCUAUACCUGUCAAUGUACUCCAGGAUUUACAGGUACAAACUGUGAACAGGACAUCAAUGAAUGCUCCAGUUCACCCUGUAGUGCUGGCUCAACAUGUGAGGAUCGAAUCAAUGGAUACCAGUGCAUUUGCCUUCCAGGAUUUACUGGUCUGAUAUGUGAUAUAGACAUUGACGAAUGUUCAAGCUUACCAUGUGUGAACGGAGCCACCUGUCAGGAUGUAAUAGAUGGCUAUGAAUGCACCUGCGUACCCGGUUACACUAAUGUAAACUGUCAGGACGAGAUUGAUGAAUGUCUUCCACAACCAUGCAGCAAUGAUUCAACAUGUUUAGAUGUUGUCAAUGGCUUUGUCUGUGACUGUUUCCCUGGAUUUACUGGUCGGCUCUGUGAGACAAACAUCAACGAGUGUUUAAGUAACCCCUGCACCAAUGGUGCCACCUGCAUUGAUGACAUUAAUGGUCAUGUCUGUCACUGUGCAGUGGGGUAUGAAGGAGAAAGAUGCGAGAUGGAGAUAGAUGAAUGUCAGAGCAACCCUUGUCUUAAUGGAGCUUCCUGUUGGGAUGAGUUUGAUUUGUACAUUUGUGAAUGCAUAGAGGGAUACACAGGGACUAACUGUGAGACAGAUAUUGAUGAUUGUAUCAGUAACGACUGUGAGAAUGGAGCAACCUGCAUUGAUGAGGUGAAUGGAUACAGCUGUAGGUGUGCACCAGGGUUUCAAGGCGAUAGAUGUGAAGCUGACAUUCAAGAGUGUCUUAGUGUACCAUGUCGGAACGGAGCAACCUGCAUUGAUGAAAUCAAUGGCUAUUCCUGUGAAUGCUUGUUUGGAUUCACAGGCAUCCUCUGUGAAACUCAAAUUGAUGAAUGUGCCAGCACUCCAUGUGCUAAUGGAGGCAUCUGUAAUGAUUUGAUUGGAGCCUUCAGUUGCACCUGUGCUGCUGGAUUCAUUGGGGACAGAUGUGAGACGGAAGUACUGGAGUGUGCUAGUACACCAUGCAUGAAUGGGGCUACUUGCAGAGAAGAAAUUGCACGAUACACAUGCACCUGUCCAGUGGGUUUUACUGGUAUUCAUUGUGAAACUGAAAUCGACGAAUGCGCAAGCUUGCCAUGUCAGAAUGGAGGACAGUGUACUGAUUUGAUUGGUGGGUAUAACUGCUCCUGUCUUCUUGGCUUCUCUGGAGUCAACUGCGAGGUGAACAUCCAGGAGUGUGACAGUGAUCCUUGCCAGAAUGGUGCUACCUGUGUAGACCAGAUUGGCAGAUACAACUGCCGAUGUGUAGAAGGAUUCCAGGGAACAGAAUGUGAGAUCAAUAUUGAUGAAUGCAGUAGUGGACCUUGUCAAAACCAAGCAACAUGUUUUGAUCUUGUCAAUUCUUACAGAUGUGACUGUCUCCCAGGCUACACAGGGAAUCAAUGUGAAAUCGAUUUUGAUGAAUGUGAUGAUGAUCCUUGUGAAAAUGGAGCAACUUGCAUGGACUUUGUCAAUCUCUUUUUAUGUGUAUGUCUUCCAGGAUACACUGAUCCGACAUGUUCCACAAUUAUCAAUGAAUGUGAUAGCAACCCUUGCCAGAAUGGUGCUCCAUGCAGUGAUCUGAUAGCAAGUUAUACUUGUGAAUGCUUACCAGGUUUUCAGGGUACCAACUGCGAAGCAGAUAUUGAAGAAUGCGCUAGUGAUCCUUGUCGAAAUGGGGCAACUUGCGAAGAAGGAGUCAAUGGGUAUAACUGUUCUUGCAUUGAAGGAUUUACUGGAACAUUCUGUGAGGUGAAUAUUGAUGAGUGUUCCAGCAACCCAUGCUCUAAUGAAGCUACAUGCAGUGACCUUGUCAACUCUUAUCGUUGCCUUUGCCCUCCAGGUUUCCAAGGCUCUGAGUGCAGCACUGAAAUUGAAGAGUGUUCCAGUGAUCCUUGUCAAAAUGGAGCCACUUGUUUGGAAGAGAUUGCGCGCUACAUCUGCAUUUGUGCCUCAGGGUACACAGGUGUACACUGUGAGUUUGAAAUUGAUGAAUGUGCUUCAAGUCCUUGCAUGAAUGGAGGACAGUGUACAGACCUGUUGAACCAGUUUCAGUGUGAAUGCUUACCUGGUUUUGAAGGAGAGCGUUGCGAAACAAACAUUAAUGACUGCGCCAUUGGUCCCUGCUUAAAUGGAGCCGAGUGUCAGGACAUGAUCAAUCAGUAUACAUGCAUCUGUCUGAAUGGCUUUACAGGGACCAACUGUGAAGCUGAUAUAGAUGAAUGUGAAAGUGAUCCAUGCGUUAAUGGAGUUUGUCUGGAUAGGAUUGGACAGUUCUUGUGCAACUGCACACUUGGAUAUCAAGGUGACACAUGUGAAAUAGAAACAGAUGAGUGUGCCUCGAAUCCGUGUAUGAGAGGUUCAUGCAUAGAUUUUAUAGGUCGCUACGAAUGCCAAUGUGAAGCGGGAUACUCUGGAAGAAACUGUGAUUUAGAAAUUAAUGAAUGUUCAAGCAGUCCCUGUUUGAAUGAUGCAACAUGUCAAGACUUGGUCAACACUUAUAAUUGUAUCUGUGCACCAGGAUUCUUUGGGACUACAUGUGCCAAUGAGAUCAAUGAGUGUGGAAGUUCACCAUGCCAGAAUGGAGCCAACUGUACAGAUAUGAUAGCCGGUUAUGUUUGUGAAUGUCCCAGCGGCUAUGAGGGUGCAAACUGUGAGCUUGACAGCGAUGAGUGUUCAUCAAAUCCAUGUCUUAAUGGAGCCAUCUGCCAAGACUACUUGAAUGGAUAUCAAUGCCAAUGUGCAGCAGGGUUUCAAGGUAUCCUCUGUGAAGACAACAUUGAUGAGUGCUUAAGUCAGCCUUGUAGGAAUGGUGCCACGUGCGAGGAUGAGGUGAAUGGUUUUAGAUGUGUUUGUCCUGUUGGAUACACUGGUUCUGUCUGUGAUGAUGAUCUGGAUGAGUGUGCAAGUAACCCAUGCCUCAAUGGAGCAUCCUGUACUGACCUUCAUGCAGGCUAUACAUGCCAAUGUGCUCAAGGAUUCUCUGGAAUAUUUUGUGCUCAAAACAUUGAUGAGUGCGAUUCCAACCCUUGCCAGAAUGGAGCAGCAUGUGUAGAUGGUGUUGCAGGUUUCACAUGUACCUGUUUACCUGGUUACACAGGGUCAUUCUGUGAGGCAGAGAUCGAUGAAUGUGAAAGUGAUCCUUGUCUGAAUGGGGCAUCCUGUCAAGAAGGUCUUGCUGGCUAUGCCUGCCUCUGUACCUCUGGAUUUCUAGGGGACCAUUGUGAAAUCAAUAUCGAUGAAUGUUUAUCAAGUCCAUGUAUGAAUAAUGCCACCUGCCGAGAUGCUGCUAAUGGAUUCAUCUGCUCAUGCCUUCCUGGAUAUCAAGGAGCAAGAUGUGAACUUGACAUUGACGAAUGCCAGAGUAACCCUUGUGAAAACGGAGCCUCCUGUGAAGAUUUCAUCAACCGCUAUCAGUGCAGCUGUGCUGAUGGUUUUGAAGGAAUAACUUGUGAAAUUAAUCAAGAUGAGUGCGAGAGCAUUCCUUGUUUAAAUGGAGGACUUUGCAUAGAUGGGAUCAAUUCUUUUACAUGUAGCUGCAGCCCAGGUUACACAGGCGUCACUUGUGCUUUGGAAGCAGACGAAUGUGAAAGCUCACCAUGUGUAAACGGUGCCAGCUGUAGAGAUCAGUUCAAUGGAUAUGAUUGUCUGUGCCUGGAUGGGUAUGAAGGAGCAGAAUGCCAGAUUGACAUCGAAGAAUGUGGAAGCUUUCCAUGUAUGAAUGGAGCAACGUGUAUGGAUCUCAUCAACCGCUACGAGUGCGAAUGUGCAACAGGGUUCGAAGGAGUCCAUUGUGAGACUGAGAUAGAUGAAUGCGCCAGUGGGCCAUGUGUGAACGGAGCAUCCUGCAUUAAUGGUAUUGGUGGUUAUCAAUGUCAGUGUGUUUCUGGCUAUACUGGUAGAAACUGUCAAUCGGAGAUCACAGAAUGUUCCAGUAUCCCCUGUCAGAAUGGAGGAAACUGUACGGAUCUCAUCAAUGGAUAUGAGUGCUCAUGUCUGCCAGGUUUCCAAGGUAUACACUGUGAGAUCAACAUAGAUGAAUGCUCUUCAGAUUCAUGUGUGAACGGCGCCACCUGUCUGGAUGGCAUAGAUGGAUACACUUGUGAAUGUGCUCUGGGAUAUGAAGGUUCACAUUGUGAGACGGAAACAGAUGAAUGUUUGAGUAUUCCCUGCAUGAAUGGAGGGCUUUGUACUGAUCUCAUUGCCGGGUAUAACUGCUCAUGUUUGGCUGGAUUCCGUGGAUUAACCUGCGAGGUGAACAUCGAUGAGUGUGCCAGUAUGCCCUGCCUCAACCAAGGUGACUGUAUAGAUUUGGUGGAUUCCUAUGAGUGUAACUGUACCGGUGGUUUCUUCGGUACACACUGUGAGUUGGAUGGUGAUCAAUGCGAAGGAUCACCUUGUCUUAAUGGUGGAACCUGUCAAGACCUAGUCCUGGACUUUCAGUGUACCUGUCUUGAUGGACUAUCGGGAAGAAACUGCGAAGUAGAUCUGAUUGAUGAGUGCCAAAGCUCUCCGUGUCAAAAUGAAGGUGUUUGUAUAAACCUGGUAGGAGGAUACGAAUGUGACUGUGUAGGACCAUGGUUUGGUGAUCACUGUGAGCUUGAUGGAGAUCAGUGUGUUUCCUCACCCUGUCAGAAUGGGGCAACUUGUUUAGAUGGCACUCUGUCCUUCCUGUGUAGAUGCGUGAAUGGAUAUUCAGGUAUCUUUUGUGAGACUGAGAUUGAUGAAUGUGCCAGCCAACCAUGCCAAAACAGUGCUACAUGCUAUGAUGUCAUCAAUGGAUAUACAUGUGAUUGUGUACCAGGGUACACAGGGGUGACAUGCAAUGUAGACAUCGAUGAGUGUGCUGGCAUGCCAUGCCGCAACGGUGCUACCUGUCAAGACCUCGUCAACAACUAUACCUGCAACUGUCUUGGAGGCUACACAGGGUUGAACUGUCAAGUCAACAUAGACGACUGUGAGAAUAAUGAGUGUGAGAACGGGGCUAUGUGCAUGGAUGGUAUUCAAACCUACAUGUGUCUGUGUCAGCCAGGAUUCAGCGGUGAUCUUUGUCAGACAGACUUGGAUGAAUGCCAGAGCAACCCUUGUCAGAACAGCGCCCCCUGUGUUGACCUUAUCAAUGAGUUCUUGUGCGAUUGUCUUGCAGGUUACAAUGGUAGUCUGUGUGAGAUUGAGAUUGAUGAAUGCAGAUCUGAUCCUUGCCUCAAUGGUGCAACUUGCACGGAUGCCAUCAAUGGCUUCUUCUGUGAUUGUGCUUCUGGGUUUGAAGGCCUCACUUGCAGUAUAGAAAUUGAUGAAUGCAGUAGCAACCCAUGCUUGUUUAAUGGCAUCUGUAUGGAUCUGAUAGAUGGGUAUAACUGUAGCUGUUCACCUGGUUACUCUGGCUUACGGUGUGAAACAGAGAUCAGGGAAUGUGCCAGCAAUCCUUGUCAGAACUCGUCUCCAUGUCUUGAUCUCAUCAAUGCAUAUUUCUGUAACUGCACAGCUGGAUAUGAGGGUGCCAAUUGUGAACAGGAAAUAGAUGAAUGUGCAGCCAACCCAUGUCUGAAUGAAGCUACCUGCUUAGACCUUCUUAACAGUUAUCGGUGUGAGUGCAGCGAGCAGUUCAGUGGUGCUACCUGUGAGAUAUUUAUUGAUGCUUGCUCCUCCAACCCUUGUAAGAAUGCUGGUUCAUGUACCAACACUGGUGAUGGCCAGUUCUUCUGUACCUGUAUGCCUGGAUAUACUGGCAAUCUAUGUGAGGAAGAGAUCAUAGAGUGUGCCAGCAACCCUUGUCAAAAUGGAGCCACCUGUGUGGACAGAGUCAAUGGAUACACAUGCAACUGUGUGGCUGGAUAUACAGGUUCUAAUUGCCAGACCAACAUUGAUGAAUGCAGCUCCAAUCCUUGUCUCUUUGACGGUACCUGUGCAGACGUGAUAAAUGGUUAUGUUUGUAGUUGCCGUAGCGAUAGAGCUGGUCUACGAUGCGAGUUUGAAUCCACGUGUAUCAACAAUCCCUGUUUGAAUGGAGCUCAAUGUAGUGACCCUCCGGAGGGUAUUGGUGAUCCGAUCUGUGACUGUAUUCUUGGCUUUGAAGGAAGUCUGUGUGAGAUUAAUAUUGAUGAAUGCGCAUCGGGCCCAUGUCAGUUUGGUACUUGUGUAGAUGGUGUUGAUGCUUACAGCUGUGAUUGUAACUUUGGGUAUACAGGACCUACUUGUAAUGAGAUUCUUCAAGUAUGUGACUCCAAUCCAUGUAAGAACAAUGCAUACUGCUGUCAGCAGGGAAAGGUUGGAUGCCCUCCCAAUAUUGCUCCAGGAUUCUUCCAAUGCUACUGUGCCAACGGCUACACAGGGAACUUCUGUCAAACGGAAGUUGACCUUUGCUCGGGUUCACCAUGUGCCAACAAUGGACAGUGUAUCAACAUGGCAUCAGGGUUUGAAUGUGAAUGUCGCACAGGGUACACCGGAGAGCUCUGUGAGACUGAUUUGCCCUGCACCCCUGAUCCAUGUGUGUUCGGUCGCUGCCAAUCUUUAGGAAGUGAUUACCAGUGCCUUUGUGAUGAAGGGUACACAGGAAGAGACUGUGAUGAGGAGAUUCAAGCAUGUGAUAGCUCACCAUGUCUUCAAGGGGGUGAAUGUGUACCUCAGGGGUCUGACUUCACAUGCCAAUGUCCUGAAUUCUACACAGGUCAAUUCUGUGAAACUGUCAUCACCCCUUGCGAUAGCAGCCCAUGCGUCAAUGGACUCUGUAAUAAUGUGAACAAUACUGCGUAUACAUGUAGCUGUUACUCAGGAUUCACUGGACCGCAGUGUGAGAGGCGUAUACUACCUUGCGACAUUGAGCCAUGUGUUAACGGUGUUUGUGUUAACCUUGUCAAUAACUAUAGAUGUGAUUGUGAAGAAGGCUUCCGAGGUAUGAACUGUUCGGUGAAGAUACUUCCUUGUGACAGUAGUCCCUGCAACUUCGGAGACUGCAUGAAUGUCAAUGAUACACAUUACACCUGCAUGUGUGAUAAUGGUUUUACUGGAUUUAGUUGUGAAUCAACUAUCCCUCCAUUCCCUUGUGAUAGCAACCCAUGUAUGAAUGGAGCCACGUGCAGCAAUGACGGAUUCAUUUCUUUCACUUGCGAAUGUUCAGAUAGAUUUGAAGGUGACAUGUGUGAAAAUGCCAUUCCGUUACCCUGUGAAAGCACCCCCUGUCUGAAUAGUGCAACGUGUGUAAAUGACCUUGAGGAUUAUUCUUACAGAUGUGAAUGCCCAUUUGGAUUCAACGGUGAUGACUGUGGCAACAGGAUUCCAUUCCCCUGUGAAAGCUUCCCAUGUGCUAAUGGUGCUACCUGCUUCAAUGAUGGGUUCUCAGACUAUCGUUGUGUUUGUAGUGAAGGUUUCACAGGACGCAAUUGUGAGACAAGGAUUCCAUUUCCUUGUGAAAGCAACCCUUGUCUAAAUGGAGCAACUUGCUCUAAUGACAACCGUGCAUCAUAUACAUGUAAUUGUCCUGUUGGUUUUGAAGGCACGCGGUGUGAAACAAGGAUUCCUCUGCCAUGUGAAAGUGACCCUUGCCAAAAUGAAGCUGAAUGCCAGAAUAACAAUUAUGACUCCUUCUCAUGUGAAUGUGCAGAAGGAUUCACAGGCACAUUUUGUGAGACUGCUAUUCCUCUCCCCUGCUCCAGCAACCCUUGUGAGAACGAUGCAAACUGUACAGACUUUGGAUUCAUCUCAUACAGUUGUGAGUGUCCGGAUGGUUUCAGUGGUGAGCGCUGUCAGAGAGUGAUACCAAGGCCUUGUGAGAGCAACCCUUGUAGCAAUGAAGCAACCUGCAUUGAUCAAGGAUUCACUUCCUUCACUUGCCAAUGUACACCAGAUUUUACAGGCUCUCUUUGUUCCACACCACUACCCUGCCUCAGUGAACCUUGUCAGAAUGGUGGUACCUGCAUCAACCAAGGUUUUGAGUCGUUCUCUUGCCAAUGCUCCCAGGACUUUACAGGAGAUUUGUGCGAAAACCCAGCCCCUUGCCUGAGUAAUCCUUGCAGAAAUGGGGCGACUUGUUUGAAUACUGGAGAUGAGAGCUUUUCUUGCCAAUGUCCACCAGACUAUUCUGGUUUGUUUUGUCAGACCCCAGCUCCAUGUCUGAGCAAUCCAUGUCAGAACUUAGCACCCUGCGUCAACAGCAUUGACUUUACAUCUUUCACGUGUCAAUGUACAUCAGAAUACACUGGAGCCACUUGCGAGACGCCAGCACCUUGUCUGAGUAACCCCUGCCAGAAUUCUGCAACUUGCUCCAAUAAUGGGUUUGUCUCUUACGUCUGUACAUGCCCGCCCAGGUUUGAAGGAAAUAGAUGUGAAAGGGAGGUGCCAGAUCCAUGUGAUAGCAACCCAUGCCUGAACGGAGGGUCAUGUAGUGAUGACCUGGAUUCCUUUACCUGCGAUUGUCUGGAAGGUUUCAAUGGUACCACCUGCGCUAAUGUAAUCCCCAGACCUUGUGAUAGCAACCCUUGUUUGAACUCUGCCACGUGCCAAGAUGUUGGAUUUGUUUCUUUUACAUGUCAAUGUCCCCCAGGAUUCGAUGGCACCAGGUGUGAAGUAGAGUUACCUCCGGCAUGUAGCAGCAAUCCUUGUCUGAAUGGUGGAACUUGCAGUGAUGACGGAUCCCAAACAUUUUCGUGUGACUGUCCACCUGGCUUUUUUGGUUUAAGAUGUGAUUUGAAUGACCCAUGUGAUGAUAACCCAUGCUUAUAUGAGGGCAGAUGUACUAGUGAAGGGAAUAAUGUGAUAUGUGACUGCGCACCCGGGCGGACUGGUCCACUGUGCGAAAGUGAAGUAACAUCUUGUGAGCCUAACCCCUGCCUUAAUGAUGGAAUAUGCUUCAGUGAUAUCUUUGGUUUGUAUUGCUUUUGUCCUGAUGGCAUUAGUGGCCUAUGGUGUCAGUUUGCUCCAAGUGUAUGCUAUCCCAAUAAUCCUUGUCAGAACGGUGCCAUCUGCUAUCCAAAUGGAUCUAAGCCGUAUUGUGAUUGUGAGGAAGGUUUCAAAGGACCUCUUUGUGAAGAAAGAGUCAGUGAUUGUGGGCCAUGUGUAAAUGGAGAUUGCGUGACGGGUAUCAAUGGAAAUUUUGAAUGCAGAUGUCCAACGGAAUUCAUCGGUCUACUCUGUCAGUUUGACAACCCCUGUCUCUUCAACCCCUGUGAGAAUGGAGGCUCCUGUAUAGCCAAUGUGCUUGAUGGAAGCUUUGAAUGUCAGUGUUUAGAAGGGUUCUUAGGAGAUCUAUGUCAAGUCACAGAUCUCUCAGCGUGCGCCAGCAGCCCUUGUCUUAAUGGAGCUACUUGCACAGAUGUAGGGCAAGACAGCUACCAGUGUACUUGCACCUCAGGAUACACUGGACUUAAUUGUGAUACAGAGAUCAAUGAAUGUUUGAGCAACCCUUGCCAAAAUGGAGCAGAAUGCAAUGACCUCGUCAGUGGAUACAGCUGUUCAUGUACUCCAGUCUUCACUGGAACCCACUGCGAAUUCUACAUACCCUGUGGAAUCAAUGCCUGUCUGAAUGGGGCUACUUGUGAGAACAGUCCCAAUACAGUGUUUGGAACCCCUUAUACAUGUGUAUGCCCAAGCAGCUUCAGUGGUGCUGAAUGCGAGCUACAAGACUUCUGCAGUGUUGACCCUUGUCCGGCAGGAGUGCCAUGUAUUAAUCUCCAGGAUACGUUUGAAUGUGAUCAUUGUGCAACUGAUGUAUGUUUGAAUGGAGCUACGUGUGUGCCCUCUACGUCUUCAUCAUUGGGGUAUGAAUGUCAAUGUAGGGAAGGUUUUACCGAUUCAGGCUGCUCUGUAAACAUUGAUGACUGCCUACCGACAUCAUGUGAUAACGGAGGAACUUGCAUUGAUCAGGUGAAUGGGUUUUCAUGUGUUUGUUUGGAGCAGUUUAGUGGACCCACAUGCCAAUCUUCAUCAUCCUGCGAUACAUUAGCUUGUGAGAAUGGAAUUUGUUUGGUGGAUAAUGAAGGGAUUGAUUACUGUAGAUGUGAUCUGGGUUUUACUGGCAUGCUGUGUCAAGAAGGAGCAACGACCAAUGUGCCCCAUUUCUCAGGAACAUCCUUCCUAAAGACCUCUCUUCCUGCCUCAAUGCCUGUCCUCAACGAGCUCUAUAUAAAACUUGAAUUCAUCAUGGAAAAUCAAGGGAUCAUCUUGUAUGCGCAACAGGAGUCAGGACCAGGGGACUUCUUCUCACUCAGUAUUCAAGAUAGUCGACUUGUCUUCAACUUUGAUUUGGGGAGCGGUGUUGGAUCUAUUACUAGCGAUCCUAUUCUUCUUGAAGAGUUGGUUGAAGUGAGCAUCUUAAGGAGUGGACGAGAAGGUCAGAUGAAUGUCACAGGACAGAGCCCCAAGAUUGGUGAAGCUGGUGGAUCAUUGCAGUCCUUGAAUGUUGGAUCUGAAGUCUUUGUCGGAGGCUAUGAGGACUAUUCUGUUCUCCCAUCUGUACUUGGAACUGGUCCUGGGUUUGCUGGUUGCAUAUUGUCUCUGGUUAUUCAAGACCAAACAUAUAGUUUCAACCCAUCCGACAUAUCUGAGCUACAGAAUGUGGCUCAGUGCCGCCGGAACGUUUGUCAGGCACGCCCUUGUCUCAACAAUGGAACGUGCCAGUCUCAACCAGGCUCCGCCUACUCCUGCCAGUGCGAUGAUGGUUACUAUGGCGAUAGAUGUGAAGAGAGAAUGGAUGUUUGUCAGACGGCUGGAUGUAGUAAUGGAUCGUCGUGUGUAGUCACUCAAGAUGGCUUCAGAUGCAUCUGUCUGCUAGGCAUGAUGGGAAUCUUAUGUGACCAGGAACAAGAUGUGAGUGAAUUAACACCUUCUUUCCGUGGUACUUCAUAUUUGGGCUACCUGUGGCCUGAGGGUCUGUCAACUCAAGAAACUAGGAUUAGUCUACGUAUCAGACCUGGAUCCUCCGGACAGAAUGCUCUUAUUCUGUACGUAGAAGAUACUUCAUUGGCUGCCGGUGAUUUCUUAGCACUAGGGAUGGUUGAGGAUGCUGUGGAGCUACGUUUCAACCUGGGAAGUGGUACUUCUACUUUGACCAGUGACAUCGUCACAGCUGAGGAUUGGCACGUUAUCUCCAUUGUACGGACUCAGAACACAGCUCAGUUGAUAGUGGAUGACAAUGUAGUAGAUCAUGAUGGUAGUGGGUCCAUUGGUCUAACGGUAGAUAGUCUUCUUUACAUGGGAGGCAUCCCUACGCGUUCAUUCCUUCAUGAAGAUUCCAUGUUUGAUACAGGAUUCUAUGGAUGCAUUGAAAUCUUGAAGGUUGGCGAAACGUCAUUGUACCCUUCAUUGGCUACAGAAGGAGGUGAUAUAGAGCAAUGUGAACACAGUACAUGUAACUCUACAGUCUGUCUGAAUGGUGGUACAUGCCAAUCCAUUGAUGCAUUCACACUGGAGUGUAUUUGUCCUUCAGGUCAGAGUGGUGCUAGGUGUGAACAAGCGGAGAUUGUGACCGUUCCCAAGUUCUCUGGCUCCUCGUACCUAGCAGUGAAUAUCAGUAACAGGAUCCAGUAUUUGUCCUCCGUUACCAUGGAGAUUAGACCAGAUACUGAUGAUGAUGGUAUUAUAUAUUGGAACUCGGCUGAGAAUGAUUUCAUGGGGAUAGGUCUUGUUGAUCGACGGAUUCAAUUCACCUUUGACCUUGGAUCAGGACCUGCUACGCUCGUAAGCGACAACCAACUGGACAGUGGAGAGUGGUAUACAGUCAGAGUGAGCAGACGGAAUGGAGAUGGUCAGCUAUGGUUGAAUGACCAGGAAAGUCCUGUGACCGGUCAGUCUUCUGGAUCUAGCGUAGGACUCAGUGUCGGAUUGACAUACAUCGGGGGAGUGGCAUCAUCAGUGACGGUGCCCGCAAGAGCUGGAAUUACUGGCGGUUUUUCAGGAUGUAUUCGCAGUCUAACAGUGAGUGAAGAGGUCAUAGAUCUGACCGAGAAUCUAGCCCAGUCUUCAGUCUCCCAGUGUAAUGAUGAGAUAUGUAAUCUUGAUCAUGGAUGUCAGAACGAAGCCCGCUGUGUGUUAUCAUCCUCCUCCUCGACUGGUUACCUGUGUGAAUGUGCACCAGGCUAUUCAGGGGACCUCUGUGAGACAUCAUCAUGUGACUUGCUUCCAACCAAUCAGCAGUGUCAGAAUGACGGUCAGUGUUACAUGAGUGAUAGCGGUCAAGCGUCUUGUCUCUGCAGUGUAGGCUUCUCCGGACCCAUCUGUGACCAACCAUCUACAUACAGCAUUCCUAUGUUUGGUGGAAAUAGCUACCUAUCAUUUGAAAGAGCAAUUCUUACAAGUGUCUUUCAUGCAACAGACAUCCGUCUUCUAUUCCGUGCCAUGGAUGCAUCGUCAGACAGCCUCCUCCUCUGGCAUGGUCCAUCAAUCCAAGAUAGUUUUAUAACAUUGGGAAUCAAGGAUGGAAUCAUCACACUGCUUUAUAACCUUGGCAGUGGGAUCGGAGAAUUACGUGCCGAUGAGAUCACGAUUGAGAAUUUCGUGUGGUAUAAUGUGGAAGUGACGAGGAGAGGAGCAUCGGCUUCCUUGGUAGUCCAAUCUUUGAAUCCAGUCCAAUCUCAAUCUGUAACAGGAUCUAGUCCUGGAUCCUCCACUGGUCUAGCUACAUUCGGAUCCUCGGUCUUCUUAGGUGGUUAUUCAUCUGACAUCACGCAGCUAACCAGUGGUUACUUCUCAUCAGGCUUCAAUGGAUGCAUAGCUCAACUACUGACCUCGGUAAACCCAUCCGGUAAUCUUCAAGUCGUUGAUCUCGUCGAAUCGCAGCGGACGGGAGGAGCUGGGAUCCAGAAUUGUGAUUUAGGAUUAAACAGUAGUUAGUCAUACACUCUUUCUUGCCAUAGAGUAAUUCCAAGCAAAUGUGAAAUGUAUCACAAUGUAUAAAAGUUGUUCUGCAGGUGCCUUAGACUGGAAAGAAAAUGCAUAACAGGGACCUAGCAAACACGCUUUGUCUGAAGGUUUUUUUUUGCAGGUUCUGACACUGGACUGGAAAUGCAUAGAGAAGACCCAGGAAACAGAAAACAUGUGCAAAACGUCUACAAACAUAUCUAAAGGUUUUCUGCAGGUCCUUAGUGUGCAAAGUACAUAUAGAUUCCUAAAAGAGACACAGGAAACUUUUUCAGAAUGUUUAGAAAAGGAUUGCAAAAUAUUCAAAGAUUUUUUGCAGGAUCUUUGACUGGAAAGUAAAUGCAUUUAAAGAGACCAAAGGAAACAAAACAUUUUCAGCACGUUCAAAAAACGCUUGCAAAACGUCUACAGUUUUUCAAAAGGUUCUCUGUCCGGAAAGCAGAAGAUGAAAGAGACCUAAGAAAUACAAAGUUUUUUAAAUAUCUUAAGUUAUUCUGCAAGACUUUAGUCUGGAAUGUCUAUCCAUAAAAGGUUCAGAAAAUUUCUGAUGGUUAGCAUUGGAAGUAUUGACAAUAAAAUGUUUGUACGUGAGGAUAUUUUUAUAUAAUGAAGUUUGAUUUGAAAAGAAUAUAUUUUUUUGCUUGCAUUUGAUAUAGGAAUGUGUUUUAAAUUGACUACCUUCCAAUGAAAGCAUAGACUUAUCUUGCGUCAUCUUGAGAGCAUUGUUAGCAACCAAUUUAAAUGCAUCAUAUCUGAGGAGAAACCUUCUACGCGAUCUGUGAAUGCAUGUAGCUAAGAUAAUUCUUGCAUUGGAAUAGGCAUAACCACCUCAGCUUUUCCAUUAAUCCUAAAGUCAAAGUGUCUGAUUUCUAUCUAAAUUUUACAAAAUCAGUGUGAAUUGGUCAGCAAUACUUCUAGGACUCAGAUUUUAUACUUUGCUGCUUUAGCCAAAACUUGGGACAAUGGAUUUCCACAAUCCAAAAGAAGAUUUCAAAAACAUUAGUAUAACUAUAUCUGAAGGAUAAGUUUUAAUGAGUAAAAGACCUAAUAUUAUUGUGUUCGUAUGUGUCUUAAAUUAAAAGUUGUAUGAUUGGUAGCAAUACAUUUUAUACUGUCUUUUUAAAGUGUUAAAGUUGACAGUUUUUACAUUAAUUGGAAUUAAAUCCUACUAUUAAUUAUUGGUUUCCUCUACUUCAAUACACAUUACGUAACUUGUGCUAACUUGAGAAUAUUCUACUACACUGAAUAGCCUCUGAGAUAUUUUCUUGGCUGUAUCUCUUCUUGGUAUAUCUUAUGAAAAGUGCCUCCAUGCAUACAAUUCCAUGGUACGAAAUAUGAUGUCUUUCCAGCUUGUAUCUUCCUACUAUGCCACAGUUCAGUUUCAUUUAAAGCUGCAUAGUCUAUGCUUAGAUGCCCUGUUGUAAAGCAUGCAGGUACUUUUGCAUUUUUUAUACUAUGUAGGUGUUUUCAGAUUUUGUAUCUCGCAUAUUAUAUAGAUAAUGUGGAAUCAGUGAACUUUUUGGUCUAAUCUGAAGGGGCUGUUCCUUUAGUUGUCCAUAAAGUUUUUAUGAAUCAGAACUUGAUCUUGAUGUUAAUUCAAAGUAUCAAUCACUCAAAUUCCCAGCAGCAAACGUUCAGAUGCAGUCUUUGAGUAUUAAAAUUGUUGUAAAAUGUUUAUGAAUUUCAAUUCAAAGUUCAUGAGCUGUCAAAGAUUAGGGCAAUGUAAUAAAUUUAGUUCCACUUGAUCAAAACGCUAGGAAAGAUUGAAGCAUCUCAUUUAGCACAAAAGCAUAUUGACGUCAUUUAAAAAGUCAUUUGUUACACAUAAAAUCUUUAUAAGGCAGUAAUCAUAUUGCAUACACAUGUCUGAGGUGGUAGCUACAUGCAUAUACAUGCAUAUACUGGAACCAAUUCAUAAAUAUUUUUGAUGAAAAUCAUGUCUAAAUUAUUUUCAAACUAUUUAGCGCAUUUGAUGUGCAUGCAUGGUAUCCAAUGAUCUUAUUGCAAAUUUUAUUUAACAUGUUAGAGAUAGAGUUCACAUAUAUAUGCCCCCUUGGAUCUAUGCAAGAUGUUGAUUAAUCAGUCUCUAGUGGUUCAAUGAUUAUGAUAAAAUGUGCUGCUCUUUUAUUUUGUCUAUCACCUUGUAGUCUGACAUCUGUCAUAACUUCCAAAGAACUUUUCAUAUUGAUACCUUGGGGUUUUUAUAUCAAAGUAUGAAUAUGAUUUUCAAAGCCCAUUUUCACUAUUGGUUUAAGAAAGUAAGUAUUGAAUGGAAAUUAAUCAUGCAAAGUGUCAUAUUUUGCCUUGAAUUUUAUCUUAUCUGUAGUUGUUGUGGUUUGCUUAACUUUCUGUAGGAUUAAGUAUGUUUAUAGAAACUUAGUUCUUCGGACAAGAGUCUUUUGAUAAUCACCUUGACUUUUUACUGAUUUUUAUAUGCAGCAGUAAAAUUCUAUCAAUUUUUAUCAAUAUAAUAUAUUCAUUUUGCCAUACAGUACUUAUUGUAUAUCCAUGUAUUUACAUGUAACAGUAUUUUAAAAGUAAAAGAAUAAUUCCUAUAAAGGAAAGAUUAUCAGUCAAAUUGCUGAAGUGCAAAAACAAAUUAUAAAAUAUGUUGGAUAUAUAGCAGUUUUUUGGACAGGAAACAAAGUAUACAGUACCACACAAUAUCUCCCCUUUUUAUACAUCUUAUAGUAUGUAAAUAAGUGAAACAUAAUUGCAGAUAUUAAAAUAGAAUAGAGACAUAUGCUAUACAUUUAAAAGUAAAUUUUCAAUUUUUACAUGACUUCCUAUGAUAAAUAUCAUGGAAUAUUGUUGGCAAAGAAUUUUGAUUAAUUAAGUGUAUUUAGAUUGUAAAUUUAAUGUAAUGAAACAAAUGAUAAUACAUGUUCCAUUUCUAAUGUACUAAAUGCAAUGGUUUCUUUUAUAUAAUACUGUGAGUUUGAAAGGGAAUGGAUAUUUUUUCAUAGGUGUAAUGCUAGUUUUGUUCUGGUUAUUUGAAUGUAAAUGUUGGUAAAUAACUAAUUAUUGCCAUGUAACGGCUUGCUUUUCAGAGAACUGCUAGUUUAUUCUCCUUCUUUAUAUAUCUAAAUCAGAAAUUGAUUAACUAUUCAUGAGAAGAUAAAAAGGAAGAUGAAUAUUGCUUAUAAUUACUAUGAACUUACCGAGGUGGAUGAAAAGUUAAGUACUACAGUAAUAUUAUUACUAAUGAAUUUUCAAUGCUGCUGUCUUUCAAAAACAAAUUAAUAAUUGGUUAAAAAAAAUCAGUGGUAUGUAAUGUUCUGUAUGAGAUAUUUUUUUAGGCAAAUUAUGUGACAAAUUUUAGAAUAUGAUAGAUUUGUAAGUAUGAUACUGAUAUAGCUGCAUGUAUUUUGAAAUACUAGAUAUUUUUAUGUCUUUCAUGAUUUAGGCUGAAUUUAAUAGUUUAACUACUAAAUAAGAUGAAGACAUUUGUUUUUAUUGUGAAAAUUUCAAGCGUUUUAAGGAGAAGUAUAUUAUACCAAGAAUAGUCUUAAGUCUGUCUUAAUCAUGCAACAUUUUCAGACAUAAUUUAUCAGUCUAUUAUGUUUUGCAUAGGUAUUUAAAUUGUAAUGUUUAUACUCAAGAGAUUGUAAGUCUUUUUUGUAUAAAAAUGUUCAUAUUGUAGUUCUUGUAUUUUGUCGUUUUGGUACUAGAGCCAGUUCUAUAACAGUUCAAAUGUAAAAAAAAAUGGGCGGUGUUGAUCAAGAUAAUUAUUAUUAGCCCUUUUUGGUCCAAAUGAUACUGUUAGGUUUUUCAUAGAGCUACACAAAGCCGUAGCCUUUUUCUUGAAAAAAAAACUCAGACAAAAAAAUCAGAGAGGGUUUUGCUCUUACCAUGGUUGUUUAUAAAAUGGUUAUUUAAUGAUUGAUCUGGGUAUUUUGUUAUGUGCCUGAAUUCAGCUACCUGUACUAAACAGAAGUCUGAUUCUUAGUCAUAAAAAGCUGUAAAAAGCUUUAACACCUACUUGAUCUAGCAGUGAGCUAUAUGGGAUAAGCCCAUUUAGGAUUGUGGGAUGUGAUCAAAUGGGAAGUACAUAAGCAGGAUCAGGCCAAAUGUCAGUUCAUUAUAUUAUUUAUCUUAGACCAUGCAUGCAGUAGUGGUAUACAUAUUCAUGCUUGUUUAUUUUCGAUUUUUUACAAAACUGAAUAACCUUGAGUAUUUCUAUUCCAUCCAGGCUGAAAAAAUAUACCUUGAUGUAGUUAUCUUUAUAGUUCUUUAUAAAGCAGUGUGUGUGAUGGUAUUGUAUUUAGAUGCUAUUGUAAACUUCUGUGUAUUGAUCGUGUGUGUAUUAAACCUUAUGCAUUGACUAACAUUAGUGCAGGCAAACUAUUGCAAGUCAAUGUGGAAAUUAUGAUAGACUAAAAUUCCAUUGGAAGGAUCGUUAGAACCUUUGUGCUAAUCGAAUAAAGAAUACAUUUUAUUGUCAGAAA